UUGUCUUCUUUGUUCUUGCAGAAAAACAUCAAUGACAACUAACAAAGGCGUCAGUGGGACUACUGUUGGUUUUGAGAACCAAAAGAAGAGCGCUAGUAAAAAUGAUGCUGCUGGCAAAGCAAAUAUAAGAAGAAAAGCUUUGGCUGAUGUUAGCAAUGUUCGAAAAAGUGAUGUUUCCAAUAAAGUUGUUUGCGAUGGGUCCAAACCAAUGAAGUACAAAAGUGAGGGCUUCCCAUCUUUGCAUCGUGUUUCGGUGGAUCCAAGCAUUAGGAAAGCAGGAGUUGCGAAAAAGAAAUCUUUUGUGGUGGAUCCUCAAAAUGACUACAAACUUUAA